UAUGACUUUUGAAACUAUUGUCGACCUUCUAUCCUGUAUUAAUUUAGGACCAACAUAUUUGAUAGUUCUAUCUAUCUCUUAAUGGACAAUAGUCAAGUGUUACAAAAGUCUGUACUCUUUUUUCUGGUAAUCUGUCUUGGAGUACAGUUGAAAGUUGUAUGUUUCAUUCAGCCUGAUUCUCCUCCAGAUGAAACUUAUCUUGGUUUUACAUAUGAAGCCACCGAAUUCUCACCUGAACCAGAAUACGAUUACAUCAUUGUUGGAGGAGGGACUGCUGGUUGUCCAUUAGCUGCCACAUUGUCCGAAAAAUAUUCAGUGCUAGUACUUGAACGAGGUGGUGUAUCAAAUUCAGAUCCUAAUAUUCAAUAUGAAAACAGGUCCAUAAAUCCCCUCUUAACUGCAAAUUUUGAAGAUUCCCCGGCCCAAAAUUUCUUCUCUGAAGAUGGUGUAUUCAAUACAAGGGGACGGGUUUUAGGAGGUGGUAGCAUGAUCAAUUUUGGGUUCUAUUCGAGAGCCGAUGAUUACUUUUACAAGAAUUCUGGAAUUGAAUGGGAUAUGAGUGCUGUCAAAAGCGCCUAUGAGUGGGUUGAAAAUAGUAUUGUUACUCGUACUAAUUAUUUACGACGAUGGCAAGCUUCUAUAUACAAUGCAUUUGUUGAAGCUGGAGUUAAUCCUGAAAAUGGGUUCAUCCUUGACCACGUUCAAGGCACCAAGAUCGGUGGUUCGACAUUUGAUGAUUCUGGCAGACGACAUGGAGCCGUCGAGCUUCUCAACAAAGCCAACCCUGGAAACUUAAAGGUGGUUCUUCAUGCAUAUGUUGAUCGGGUCAUGUUCUCCUCAUCUCAACCCUUAGCUGCAAUUGGUGUUAAGUACCAUGAUUCAGAAGGAAAAUCUCACGAAGUCCACAUAAAAAGAUAUGGAGAAGUUAUUUUGAGUGCUGGAGCUCUUGGAAGCCCACAACUUUUGUUAUUGAGUGGAAUAGGGCCAACAACAUACCUUUCAUCUCUAAAAAUUCCAGUAAUUCACGACCAUCCCUAUAUUGGACAAUUUAUGGCUGAUAAUCCACGUAAUGGGAUUAAUCUAUUGGUACCGGUUAGACUAAAUGAUGUAGGAGUUCGUGUGGCUGGGAUCACGGAAAGUGGCCCAUACGUUGAAUCGACUGCCGUCCCCCGUCUUUCAUCCAUCAUAACUUUCAUACCUUUCUUGAAUGUUUUACCACCUAUAGACUUAAGUGUAGUAGUUAUUGGAGGUAAGGUUUCAAGGCCAUUAUCGACCGGGUCAUUAAGUUUAAAAUCACCAAAUGACGUGACGAUUAGCCCAAGUGUUCGUUUUAACUAUUACUCGCGUAAAGAAGACAUACUUCAAUGUGGCAAUCUUGUGGAAGUACUUAGAAAAGUAUUGGAAACUAAGGCUAUGGAAGAAUAUAUGUUUAAUGACAUCCUUGGUGGAAAAUCUUUCAAAUAUAUCGGGCCAUCGUUACCCGAUGACCCAUCUGAUAUGGAUUCGCUUGAAACUUUCUGUCGUGAAACGUUGUCCACAUUUUGGCAUAUACAUGGUGGAUGUUUGGUAAACAAGGUUGUUGAUAGCCAUUUAAAAGUUCUCAGGAUCGAAUCGUUACGAGUCGUGGAUGCUUCGACAUUUUUUAACUCACCAGGAACAAAUCCUCAGGCCACAACUAUGAUGUUAGGCCGAUAUAUGGGUAUGAAAAUACUUAACGAAAGAGAAGUAAAUGACAUCCGUUCUUAAGAUACAUCUAUAUCCACUGUCUAUAUAUAUGUUGCCCAAAUGAUGUACUUGUUUUUCGAUUUUCUUUUUUCUUUUUUGUAUAAGCAAGGAGCUAUAGGGUGCUCAACAGUCAACUCCUUUCAACAAUCAUAAACUUUUGAGAUCCAAUAUUGAUAAAAGGAUCCUAUUCGGCUUCGUAAAUCAAGAAAUCAGCCAUAUAUAUAUAAGCUCUUUGAUAUUUAA